GGUUGAUAUAUAAAUUCAUGACCAAUUCGUAAACAAAUUUAUCUAAGCUUCAUCUGAACCAACAACCGUAGAGCAUUUUUAGUUAAAAUUGCAUCACACUACAGUCCAAUCUAAUCGCAAAUUCAAAAAUCUAAGACUGUGUUCCAAAAAUGAGCACUGAUCAAAAAUCUUUGAGAAAAUUUUCAAUGGGAAACGAUGACGAAAAACAAAGUCUUCUUCCAUCAAAUAUGUCCUCAGGACGAUCAAGUAUUGAUGAUAAAAACUGCUCUUUUUUCUCCAAAAUAACCUCAACUCGCUUCCAAUUGGCCUACUUAGGCUUCAUAGGAUUUAUGAUUGUCUUCGCAAUUCGCAUGUGCAUCAACGUAGCUUUGGUGUCCAUGGUUGCUGAUAGCAGCCAGAAAUCUUCUUCGGUCAACGAUCAUUGUCCUACUAGAAACACAACCAGUUAUCAAACAGAAAACCCUGCUAACAGUCGCGUAUACUUUGAUUGGACAGUUCAAGAGCAAGCACGGAUUCUCGGCGCUUAUUUCUACGGCCGCUUAUUCACGCAAAUACCUAUAGGAAGCCUCGUUUCAGCUUACGGCGGAAAACAUGUUUUAGGAUUCGGAAUUCUCUUAUCUGGCCUUUUAACGGCUGCAAUUGUACCGGCUGCUUAUUUGGGACCUAACUGGGUUCUAGUUUGUCGGCUGCUCAUUGGAGUGGUUGACAGUGGUACCUUUUCGGGCUACUUUCAAAUGGUUGCAAAAUGGGCUCCUAAGCAGGAACGAACUGUCUUCUCUACAAUGGCAACAGCUGGAGCGUAUUUGGGUAACGUGUUCGGAUUUCCAUUGGUAGGCUAUUUAUGUGGGCUUGAAUUUGCUGGCGGUUGGCCCCUCCCUUUUCUAGGAAUCGGAGGAAUUACGGUUAUUUGGUUCAUCGCCUGGUCUGUUUUGAUAUACGAAACGCCUGCUGAUCAUCCAAGGAUUUCACUCGAAGAACGCGAACUACUGAUGACAAGUGUUGACUAUCACACUAUAAAAUCAAAACAAAAAGAAAAAAUUCCAUGGAAGAAAAUCGUGACAAGUAAACGAGUAUACGCGCUACUUGUAGCAAGAUGGGCCGACGGUAUUUUUGGAAUGGGUUUGUCCAUGUGUCUCUCUCAGUACUUCUCGUACGUACUUAACUUAGACAUAUCUACAAACGGUUUAUUGAGUGCCGCUCCGUGGCUAUCGUGCUUCUUAGCAUCAUUCGUAUUUUCAACAGCUGCCGAUUAUUUAAUCAAUCAGAACUACUUCUCCAUUACAUUCGUCCGGAAAUACAACCAAGCAAUCGCUGCCAUAUUCCCUGGAAUACUUUUAAUAGCUACUGGAUACUCCGGCUGCAGUGUUAAAAUGGCUCUAUUGUUUCUUUCUGCAGCUGCAUUUUUCUUUGGAUCGCACUUCUCGGGAUCAGUCUGCAAUGUUUUAGACUUAGCACCGAAACAUGCUGGCAUCUUAACUGCAUUUGGAAACACUGCUUCUUCAUUGGCUGGUUCGGUAGCCCCAAUUAUAGUCGGUGCUAUUAUUGAAAAAGAUGCUCACAGUGACCUACUAUGGAGACGUGUUUUCAUGUUUUAUGCGGCCGUGAGUUGGCUUGGUGGCAUCGUAUUUGUAGCAUUUGGAUCUGGGAAAGCUCAAAUGUGGUCAAAAUAACUUUGCCCGAUACUCAGUUCUUAAGUAUGACCUCAUUAACUUGACUUAAUUUUCCAAUUUAAAAACCACGUUUAGCUUUAGAAAUGACCCGUUUUAAUUUCUAUAUAGCAUAUCAUUAUUCAAAUUUUUAUGUCGA